AAACCCUUUUUUAAAAAUGUUUAAUAAAUGUUUUUUCAGGUUGAUCUUGGAGGGCAGUUCAGGCGAGUCACGUCUACACGUACCUGCUUGUCCAGUCUGAAUCAUCUUACUUCAUCCCAGGUACAUGACUGCUUGUCAUUGGGUGUCAAGGUAGGCCUGGGGAAUGUUAAUCUGGGUCCUUCUUUUAACUUAUGCGCCUCAGUCCUAAACAACCAAGGUGUCUCUGUUAUGUACGCCUCUGGUCUUCACGGUCAUUAUUCAGAAGUGGUAGGAGGCAGAGGCUGGACUGGGGAGUUUUCACUCACCAGAAAUGACUCACUGGGCUACCAGAAUUGGCUAAAAACCCUCAUAGAUCAACCUGAUGUGGUUUGCUACUCUCUAAGACCACUGUAUGAACUGGUGCAAACGUCAGCACGGAAUAAAGGACUAAAGGCUGCAAUAGAGCAGUACUUAAAAGACAACAGCAUCAGUCGAUCAAACACACAGUCGUACUGUAGCAGCAGUGGUCCCAACCUGGAUUCCAACUGUUGUCCUAAAGAGAUUCAGAAAGGAACACUAAGGAUAACAAUGAUCCAAGCCUCUGGUCUGAAAGGAGAUUUUUGGGACAAGACUGACGGAUAUGUUAAGAUCCAGUUUCAAUCGCAAAAAUUCCAGACCAGUGUGAUCGAAUCUAACUCCCCCUCCUGGACCACCAAUUACAUUCUGGAAAAUGUGGCAACAAGCUCGCCUCUGAUGAUUGAAGUCUGGGACGAGGAUGUGUUCUUUGAUGACCAACUGGGAUCGUGUGUGAAGUACCUGACUCAAGGUACAAACACAAUCAGCUGCUCACUUCAAAAAGGCGGCACUGUUGAGGUCCAGUAUACUCUGACAUGUGACAGACACCUGACUGGAUCCACCUGUAACCAAUACCAACCAUCUUCACAAUGAAAACGCAUUCUGGCUGGCACACACUAUGGAAAUGCUGGUAGCUUAUCUUUAAUCAAGUAUCAUGUCAGGUUGGGUGAUAACAUUCUUUAUGUGCAAUAUAUAAAGAAUAAUAAUUGGGCACAAAAUUAACACAUACCAUGCACUUAGAGUUACAGCUAAUUUGAUGUGUCAUAUAGUCUGAGGCAGACAGUCAUCUUGUUUAAUCCUCAUUUGAUUUUGGUGGUGGGUCCACAUUCAAAUCACUUUGUGUAUUCAUUAAAGACACUUGUGAUUAUUUUCUGAAUUAUGUGUAAAAAUGGUCAGGCCUCUUCAUAAGUAUGAUUACAAAUGCAUUCUUGUGUGUCACUCUUGCAAAAGCCUUCAUAACAUGCAAAUACAUUAUGUAUAUUUUUCAGUUCUUUGAUUUGUAACAAGUAUAUAAAACAUUAAGUUUAGCAAUGCUUGCAUGGGUCAUAUUUAGGGACUUAAUGUAUCAUUUAUAAUAAUGCUGAUUAUAAAGAAAUAAAUGUGAGUUCUGAUUAAUUGAUAUUUGGCUCAUUAAACCUU